AGGAAAUAUAUUUAUUUCCUCUUUACCCCCUCAACAAUUCCUCUAUUCGCAGCGAGUCCCUCGCCGGACCCUAAACGAAACCCCCCUCGCCUCCGCCGAUGUCCACCGCGCUCGCCUCCGCCGGCGCCGGCGCAGCUGCCCUCGUCCCCGCUCCGUCGACCUCCUCCUCCUCCUCCCCCUCCCUCCCCCUCUCUGUCUCCUUCGCUCGGCGCGGCGCCGCGCCGAGAGCCGCGCCGCCGAGGGCUCUGAGAUGGUCCGGAGCGCGCGGCCUCGGGGGGAGCGAUGCGCUCUUCGUUAAGAGGUCGGGGAGGUCCCGGAGGGGCUCGGAAUCGGUCGUUGUUAGAUGCGAAGCGCCCAGGGAUGGGAGGAUUACCCAACAAGAGUUCACCGAGAUGGCUUGGCAAGGAAUUGUUUCGUCGCCUGAGGUGGCGAAGGAGAGCAAGCACCAGAUUGUGGAGACGGAACAUCUGAUGAAAUCCUUGUUGGAGCAAAAGAAUGGGCUUGCUCGUCGCAUCUUUUCCAAAGCCGGAGUUGAUAAUACCAAGCUUCUAGAUGCUACCGAGAGGUUCAUCCAGCGGCAACCUAAAGUUUUGGGUGAAUCGGCCGGUUCUAUGUUAGGACGGGAUUUAGAAGCUUUGAUUCAGCAAGCCCGGGAAUACAAGAAGGAGUACGGUGAUUCAUUUGUUUCGGUUGAGCAUCUAGUACUUGCUUUUGCAGACGACCGGCGUUUUGGGAAACAACUCUUCAAGGAUUUCCAAAUUACCCUUCAAACUCUAAAAUCUUCUAUCGAGGCAAUACGAGGACGGCAGAAUGUUAUUGACCAAGAUCCAGAAGGCAAAUAUGAGGCCCUGGAGAAAUACGGGAAGGACUUGACGGCUAUGGCACGUGAAGGGAAGCUUGAUCCGGUUAUAGGGAGAGAUGACGAAAUACGCAGAUGCAUACAAAUUCUGUCGAGGAGAACAAAAAACAAUCCUGUAUUGAUUGGUGAACCUGGUGUUGGGAAAACUGCAAUAUCAGAAGGGCUUGCCCAGAGAAUAGUGCAAGGGGAUGUUCCGCAAGCUUUGAUGAAUCGCAGGCUAAUUUCCCUCGACAUGGGUGCUCUCAUUGCUGGAGCAAAAUAUCGUGGAGAAUUCGAAGAUAGAUUGAAAGCUGUGUUAAGAGAAGUGACUGAAUCUGAUGGGCAGAUAAUCCUUUUCAUUGAUGAGAUUCACACCGUCGUGGGAGCAGGGGCCACAAACGGUGCCAUGGACGCAGGCAAUCUGCUGAAGCCAAUGCUGGGGCGGGGUGAGCUGCGCUGUAUUGGUGCAACAACCCUUGAUGAGUAUCGCAAAUACAUCGAGAAAGACCCUGCCUUGGAGCGGCGUUUCCAGCAAGUCUUUGUUGAUCAACCAUCGGUCGAGGACACAAUUUCAAUACUGCGCGGAUUGCGAGAGCGCUACGAGCUCCACCAUGGUGUCCGCAUCUCCGAUAGUGCUCUCGUUGAGGCUGCGAUUCUAUCUGACCGCUAUAUUAGCGGGCGGUUUUUGCCCGACAAAGCUAUUGAUUUGGUCGAUGAGGCAGCUGCUAAAGUGAAAAUGGAAAUUACAUCUAAACCGACUGCUUUGGAUGAGAUUAAUCGUGCUGUAUUGAAGCUAGAGAUGGAACGACUCUCUCUCAAGAAUGAUACAGAUAAAGCAUCGAAAGAUAGAUUAAAUCGCCUCGAAGCUGAGUUGACACUGCUCAAAGAGAAGCAGGCACAACUAACUGAGCAAUGGGAGAAGGAAAGAUCAAUAAUGAUGAGAAUUCAGUCUGUUAAGGAAGAGAUCGACAGGGUCAAUUUGGAAAUUCAGCAAGCGGAACGCGAGUACGACCUGAACCGUGCUGCUGAACUCAAGUAUGGGAGCCUCAUCAGCUUGCAACGCCAGCUUCAAGAAGCUGAAAAGGAGCUCGAUGAAUAUCAAAGCUCGGGCAAGUCCAUGCUCCGCGAAGAAGUCACCGGAAACGACAUUGCCGAAAUUGUGAGCAAAUGGACUGGAAUCCCUGUUUCCAAGUUACAACAAUCUGAGAGAGAGAAACUACUUCAUUUGGAAGAAGAGCUGCACAAACGCGUAGUAGGUCAAGACCCAGCGGUCAAAGCAGUGGCCGAUGCGAUCCAACGGUCGAGAGCGGGCUUAUCGGAUCCUAACCGCCCUAUCGCAAGCUUCAUGUUCAUGGGUCCGACUGGUGUCGGGAAAACCGAGCUGGCGAAGGCCCUGGCUUCUUACAUGUUCAAUACCGAGGAAGCGCUAGUUCGAAUAGACAUGAGCGAGUACAUGGAGAAGCACACGGUUUCUAGACUAAUCGGGGCCCCGCCCGGUUACGUAGGGUAUGAAGAAGGCGGCCAACUCACCGAGACGGUUCGCCGACGGCCGUAUGCCGUCAUUCUCUUCGACGAGAUCGAGAAGGCCCAUUCCGAUGUGUUCAAUAUUUUCCUGCAGAUAUUGGAUGAUGGUCGGGUUACCGAUUCCCAAGGUCGGAAAGUGAGCUUCACUAAUACGGUUAUAAUCAUGACAUCGAAUGUGGGAUCGCAAUACAUACUCAACAUGAACGAUGAGGUCGAAUCGAAGGAAAACACUUACGAGAUUAUUAAGAGUAGGGUGAUGGAGGCUGCGAGAUCGAUUUUCCGGCCGGAGUUUAUGAAUCGGAUCGACGAGUACAUCGUCUUCCAGCCUCUGGACCGCGAGCAAAUAAAUAUGAUUGUAAGGUUACAGCUGGAGCGAGUUCAACAAAGACUCGCGGACCGGAAGAUCACAAUCCAAGUCACCGACGCGGCCUUGGAGCUCCUGGGAAGCCUUGGCUAUGACCCCAACUACGGCGCGAGGCCCGUCAAGCGCGUGAUUCAGCAGCACGUCGAGAACGAGCUCGCUAAAGGAAUCUUGAGGGGAGAGUUCAAAGACGAGGACACCAUCUCAGUGGACACCGAGGUUAUGGCGUUUUCCAACGGCCAGCUCCCGCAGCAGAAGCUCGUCUUCCGGAAGCUGAAUCCAGAGUCCUCUUCGGGCCACCCGGCUUCCGAGGGUGAAAAGGCAUUCCAGCCGAGCCGUUGAGGGGUUUCUUCGACUUCUGUUUUCAGCUAUUUCGCCGUAAAAUAGUCUUUUACAAUGUCAUGGCGUAGUGAUGCUGUACUAAGCCAAAAAAAACUAACCAAAUGCUUCUCCCUCUUAAGCAUAUGGUAUGGUACAAAAGGAAAAUAUAUGUAUACAAUGUGGAUUUUUGGCUACUUUUGUCUUUUAUUGUAAAUGUAAAUGCAAUUUUUUUCUGCAUUGUU